CUCACUCAUCACCUCCGCGGGACAGGCAGAAUCCGAGCAAAGGAAAGGCUUUUGCUCGCUCCCCUCCGGCCUCCGCUGAAAGCAGCUAAAAACAGCAGGCCCUUCGAGGCAAGAACCCCCGAGCUGAGCUUUGUGUUGGGUUGCCAAUGGAGGGGGAGCCGCUCGGCUGGGGACGGCAGGAGGUGGACGGGUGGAGGAAGGGCCCGUGGACCAGCCAGGAGGACAAGCUCCUCGUCGAGCACGUCCGGCAGCACGGCGAAGGGCGGUGGAACUCCGUCUCCAAGGUCACAGGGCUGAAGAGGAGCGGCAAGAGCUGCAGGCUGCGGUGGGUUAACUACCUGAGACCGGAUCUGAAGCGAGGAAAGAUCACACCCCAGGAAGAGAGCAUCAUAGUCCAGCUCCAUGCUUUGUGGGGAAACAGGUGGUCGACGAUCGCAAGGAGCCUGCCGGGCAGGACGGACAACGAGAUCAAGAACUACUGGAGGACGCACUUCAAGAAGGGGAAGCCGUCCAAGAACAUCGAGCGCGCGAGGGCAAGGUUCCUCAAGCAGCGGCAGGAGAUGCAGAGCCAGAAGCAGCAGCAGCUGUUGCAGAUGGGGCAUGUCGUCGCCAAGGACGAGAACGAGGACGGCGGCGCGCGCACCGUGACGGCGGCCGACGACGACGACCGCGGCAGCGCGGUCAUCGACGACGCGUGCGCGGCGCCGGCGGUAGCCGAAGCUGCCGCAGGCGGGCACCACCACGAGGAUCUGAUCAUGCACGACGCCAUGGACUUCAUGUGCCCCAUGUCCUGCGCCCUCCUCCUCCACUGCGCCGUCCAGGGCGGCGGCACCGGCAGCUGCUGCGGCUCCACCGCCAGCGACGAGUACGGGUCCAGCGAGGAGGACGGCGCCACGUGGGGCAGCCUGUGGAACCUUGACGGCGUGGUCGACGACGCCGCCGGCGGCGGGCCAUGCACGCUGUGGUAGAGAGAUUCUCGCUAACCCGUUGCCGCAUGCCCUUCGACUAGAGCGAGAGAUCGAUCGAGCUGAUCAUCUCGUCGUGUAGGGGGUGUUGGUGCUGGUGGAUAAGGACGGGACAACUGCUACCGUACAUCCACUCUGCAGCUGCCGGCGCCACAGCUGAUGACCCGUAAAAGCUCUGGGGCGCUUUCUAUAUGGGGGAAACGUACGUACACAGGAGAAGUUUUUUCCCGCUAUAUAUAGCUAGCAAUUAGCAAAGCUCUGUGAUCCUUACCUGUAAAACUAAGGGGAUAUGAGGGUGACAAAUUACCCAAUUCGAUAUUGAUUAUUUCCAACCAUGCAUCAUGCAUGCACGCACCGAGUGUAAAAAGUGUGUAUUACGUGUAUGAACAAUCUCCAGUUAUCACUAA